AUGGGCUAUCACAUUCUCUCCAUAGAGAGCCAUGUCAAAGACACUCACGAGCAAAAGCACAAGUCGACUUCUAUAAGAGAUUCCGCUAUCCAUGAGCAUACCUACACAGCAGACUUAGGAACUAGUGCGAACGACAGGAGGCUUACCACACACAUCCUCGCUACAGGCGACUAUAGAGUGAAAAGACCUUCCUCUAGAGUUGCACGAUGGGAGUCAAAGACAGUGGUCGGAUACAAAUCUGAACUCGGGAGAUAUAGUUUUCUCCAGACAGAAUCCAUAGAAGCUGUGGCCAGAAGGCAGGAGUUGGUUCAAAAACAAAAUAUUGCCAGGAUGGAAAUGGAAAUGAGUGCUAUUUUUCAACAAAAAGAAAUUGAGAAAGCUCAUCGUAAAGGGCUACUGGGUUUGGAAGCACCUUUCCUCUACCAUGGAAUCCCAGCUAGCCCAGUUGCUUUCCGUGGCAGGCACAGACUUCCUGAAGGCCACCUUUCUAGCGACCUAUAUGUUCAUCGAACCACCCUUGAUGACCUUCAUGGCAAUACCAUGCUCAUGGCAACCAGCCCAUAUCCUCCAAUUAGCAACCUGCAAAGGGAGAGAGGCCGUCGGCCAGGGAGAAGAGCUGGGAAUCACAAAACUAGUGAUUGCAAUGCCAAUGGUGCCAAAAGCCAAGCUGAAGACAAAAAUGCAGACUCUGCUUCCACCACUGCUGAUGAUGAGAAAGAGGACAAGAAAGAAACAGAGCUUGAGAUGCUGAACAAACAUGAGCAAAGCAAAACCCAUGUUGAGCCAUCUGCUACUGCUGUGAAAAGCUGUAAAGAGUAUGAACACAGCCUGAGAAAAAGUUGUGUUACUCAUGAAAUUUCCACUGAAACAAAUGGCUGCAGCAGUGCAAAUGAGAAGGAUCCCAAUAACUCUUGCACAGCCUUUGAUGACAAAUAUAUGUAUCCUUCUGCAAUCCCAUUCUCAGCACUGCCAUAUAGCUUCCCAGUACCCAGCAAUCCAUUACUGCCUCCAGGAGCACAUGGCCUGAUUUUGAGUGGAGAAGAUAUUUCUUCAAUUGAAGAUAUUCGCAAAUGGACUGUUGAUGAUGUAUACAACUUUAUUAUUAGCCUUCCAGGUUGUUCAGAUUAUGCACAGGUAUUUAAAGAUCAUGCUAUUGAUGGAGAAACCCUGCCACUACUCACAGAAGAACAUCUGUUGGACACAAUGGGAUUAAAACUUGGACCAGCACUAAAAAUUCGAUCUCAGGUGUCUCGGCGGCUGGGCAAUGUGUUCUACAUGAUGAAUCUUCCUAUGUCCAUGCCCCUUCCUUCUGCUACAGGCAAACCAUCAGAGCAGCCCUCCGACAUGGCCUCCCCUAUGCGCUGCAAUAGCAGUGGUGAUACACUGGGCAGUCCCUGCUCCCAAGACCCAGAAACUUCAAAAACAGUGGAGCAGACUGUUUCAGAAAACAGGGGAAAUCCAUGUGACACAGCUGGAGCCCAGACUGACUUUCAGAUGAUCAAUUUUCAGAAGAGCUGA